AUGGCGGCAGCUCCUCAACGCUUUCCCCUACCGAACAUGCCGUUUCGACGGAAUAUCCACAGCGGAUGCGCCAUCGGUACUUCCAUUUCCUGUACAGCCCAAGCAUACCAAGCCAGAGAGAAGAGCUUCACUAUGCAACUUUCGUCGGCUACGGAUAUCGCUAUUCUCGUCACAGUGCCCCUUGCAAAAAGUGGCAGGAUCACAGCCUCUGCACGAAUCGCAGGGAAAUUCACGGGUGAAAUGGAAAAGCCGAUUAUGGUGCCGGUCGAAACAAAGUUCACGUUGAAACUUCAUAUUACGUCGAACACAAUAGAGGUAUUCAUCUAA